AUGGACAGGAAUUUCUUCGAAGAUGUCACAAAUUUGUCAUUACUAAAAUAUUCUAUCUCAGAGUUGUGUAUCGAUCCUCUUGGUAUUGAAGAUGGGACUAUUCCCGUUGAACAACUAUCCGCAUCAAGUGAAUAUUCUUUUGUCAAUGGGGCACAUCGUGGACGACUGAACACUGAAGCAACUGAUCAUGAGGAAGGAGCAUGGUCGUCAGGAACCACUGACCAAAACCAAUGGAUCCAAGUUGACCUCGGUAAACGGCAUAAGGUACACGGAGUAAUUACACAGGGCCGCAAUAAACUCAAUCAAUGGGUGACGUCUUACGAGAUUCUUUACAGUAUCCAUGGUAAACGUUUUCAACCAAUCAGGAAUCCAAACUGUAAAGUAACGACGUUUGUUGGAAAUUCGGAUCAGGACACUACCGUGACAAACACAUUCUCUGAUCCUGUCUACGCGCAGUUUGUCCGUAUUCAUCCAACUGACUGGUAUAACUGGAUAAGUUUAAGAUUUGAAGUUCUUGGAUGCUCAACAGAGUUCUGUAUCGAUCCACUUGGUAUUGAAGAUGGAACUAUUUCCAUGGAGCAACUGUCCGCAUCCAGUGAUUUUGGGGCUUCGCAUGGGGCACAUCGUGGACGACUGAACACUGAAGAAAUUGGUUCUCAGCAAGGAGCAUGGUCGUCAAGAACUAAUGACCAAUACCAGUGGAUCCAGGUUGACCUAGGUAAGCUGCAUGAGGUACGCGGAAUAAUUACACAAGGCCGCAACGGAUACAUCUUUUAUCAAUGGGUAACAUCUUAUGAGAUACUUUACAGUGUCGAUGGUAACUUUUUUCAACCUAUCAGGAAUUCAGAUGGUCAAGAAACUAAUUUUGUUGGAAAUUCGGAUCGAGACACUAACGUGACAAACAUAUUUCCUGAACCUGUGUUUGCCCAAUUCGUCCGUAUUCAUCCAACUGGCUGGCAUAUUUGGAUUAGUUUAAGAUUUGAGGUUCUUGGAUGCUCAGCAGGCUUGGUUGGAAACUCAACUUAUUACAAGUCUUAUCAUCGUAAUCAACAAUGUUCAAUAACGACCGAAAACACAACAACAAGCUGCAUUAGAUGUGCUGUGGUGUGUAUGAGGGCGCUAGAAUGCAAGUAUUUUAGAUACGAUGGAGAAUGCCACAUUUAUACAUGCAGUAAUAAUGGAUAUUUUGUUGCCUUUCAGUAUGGUUGAAAUGGGCCUUCCCAUUAUGUCUCGGCUUUGGAUAGUGUUCCUAACAGUCUGAACUUGUGUGCGUUUAUGAGACAUGCGCAUAAUUUUAACCUGUCCUGAUAGGCCAAUCGCAAAGUUUAAUCACUAUGGAAAUUUAUAACAAUUUAGAUCGUGCGUGCUUCGUGUUUCGUUGUAACAACUAUCAUUCUUUAGAACCGAUUAUCCUUAAUAAUGGAACAUUUCUGUGUAGUAAUAUAAUUACAAAUUCGUUCAUUAUUUUUUUAUUGAAGCCAAUGAAGAAAAUUUUCAAUUUACUGAAUAAUUGUUUUGCUUAUCUGUAGCAUUCUUAACGCUUAAUGUAGGACAUUUUCCGAGUGUCCAAGUGUCCAUUGGAUAGUUGAUAAGGUCCCAAAAAACGACAAUGUAACACGUGCGUUUCAGAGAGAGCAUGUUUGUUUGUGAGGCACGCUCGUAUUCCUGUCCCCAAAUGGUCAGUUGUUAAAUUUGAAAGAUACUACGGAAAGUUGUGGAAACUUUAAUGGAUUAAUUAUCUUAAGUGCACUUGUUUUUAAAAUUUUAGAGCAUAUAAAUAUUUCCAAUUUUGUAAUAAACAGCAACGGUAGUUCUUAUACAAUAUUCUGUCACUCAUAGCGACAAGGACAACUUUUUAAAUAUUAUACAAUUCUUUAGUUUGUUCUAUUUUAGAAUUUAAUUGUUGUCUAGGCGUCUCGUCUCAUAAUGUAGGAUUAACAAAAUCAUUGAAUUAGUGUCAAGAAAGAGCAACAGAGGUAUUUCCUGGCUUAAAGGAGACAUGACUCAGGUGUUUAGAAUUAUGAAUGGUAUUGACAUUACGUUUUUGCCAGAAAAAUUUCGAGUAAUUCUCGAGAUACCAGGGAACAAUUUAAUAUAGGCCAAAUGUAGGUCUAAAUAAUCAUGUUCAAAUGUUUUAUUUAGGUAGUUAAUACCGGAAAAGUCUGCCAUUCGAAAUAGUUCGGCUACUAGGUUUACUGCAUUUAAAUAUUUGCUCAAUUAUCACUGGCAGAGUCCUAAUUGUAAAUUGUUAUUUCGCACCUACAAACAGUUUUAAUUAUAUGGUUGUAUAUACUAAGUAAUUUGCAAAAUCAGUUUUAAGUAAUUUCAUAUGGAUCUGAAUCGGUGAUCGGUGAAUUCUCCAGAGACUCAUCUCGUCAAUUAGGGUUUAGUUUUAUACUAUCACUGGACACCACAGAAUCUGUCUUGCUUGUAAUUUGUUACAAUAAUUAAACAAAACACAUUUACUGUGAAAUUUAGCAUUUUUAAUGAAAACAACUUAAAAUUUGUUACCCUAAUUAUGUUGAAAACGGAAGUUAAUUUUUCACAAAGUUGAUCAUGAAUUUUCAUAACUUUACCAACUCCUAUUUAAAGUUUGUUGAAAUAGUAGCACAGAUAUUUAUAUGCAUUUAUAUGAACUGAGCCGAAUAUGUAAAAAUGACAGUUCACAAUACUGUUCAUUAAAAUUAAAUUUAAAAGGGUUUAGCUAAUACUUAUUUUAAAAGAUAGUCGCAUGUGUUGCUUUUGUAAUGUAACAACCCUUCGAUCAGUAUUUUGUAAAUUUGAUUUAGUGUAAAAGUAAAAAAAUUGGCAUAAACAGAAAUUAAAAAUGACCUUAAUGGUAAGACUCCGUAUAGGAUAGCGUUACGAUAUAUAUUUUAUUGUUUAUGCAGUCGUCUUGGAGAUGAAUCGCAACGAAUAUAAUUUCCUUAAUCAAAUAAUCAUAAUGUGGAAUUAUACAUUUAAUCGAGUCUACCAGUAA